AGAAGUGCAGUCUGCUGUAGGUACGGAGGAACUUAGGGCACGGUGGGUCCCAGCUGGAUGUUAUACCUUGGGACUCCUAGGACAGCUAAGAGUCCUUGCCACUGACAGUGCAGACCUCCAGGGGCUGGCUGUGAGGUCAGUGCUGGGACACUACAGAGAAGGCCAGGCAUCAUGAGCACAGGGGGCUCCAGCCUCCCCAGCCCACCAUCCUUCCUCACAGUUCCUGCCACUCCUGGGACUCCUGCUGAGGCUAUUGACCCUGUCCCAGCUCUCAUCGGCCUGGCCUGCAUCUUUCUGUUGCUGGUGUCCUGUUUGCUGUUCAUGAUGCUAUGUAAGCCAACUGCACUGGACCCUGGCCGCAAAAGGACCCAGGAGUGCAUGCCACACCACCCAGAAAGCCCCAGUGAGCCAAGGCUCCGACUCUGGAAGCGACUGGGCUCACUCCGCCGCUCCCUGCAUAGCUUCCGGAGAGGCCAGCCUGCUGUCCAGCAGUGUGCCCUGUCAGGCCUUGAUGGUGACUUUGACCACACUGAAGCCACCAAGAUGUGAUACCAUGCCCAUCCACACAGAGGCCUGACUGGUACUAUGGGCCGUAGGCCAGUGGUCUGGACACCCUGGACCUUACAUCACCCCCAGUGUUUCCCUGUGUAGUCCAUCCCAUGUCCUUCCCAGAGGACCCUGAAGACGUGCCCCCUGAUACCACUUGUUAACAGAUGCUUGGAUCAAAAGAUGACCAUCCAUAGGUGUCUAGGCCUUUAUCCUGAGGUCUCCAUGUCUAAUCUGUAACCCUUUCCUGGAAGCUGGGUAGAGCUGGGUACCUACUGUUCCUAGGAACAGCACCCCUGCCCCCUACAUGAGCCUCACCAAUCCCAUCUUCUGAAGGCCCAACUUGGAACAGCUGCUGGAAGACCAAAGGCACCUGAGUCAAGUGGGACACUGGCCUACCCCAGGGUCUACACUAUCCUGUGUUUAUGCUAACCCAGCACCCCAGGAAAAGGGAUCCAGACUCUUGGUCUUCUUGCCCCUCCUGGGGGGUCAGAUGUCUGGUUGCUGACCAGGGCCAAGCGGAGUAGCAGAUGUCAAAUCACAAGCCUGGAGCUGUCUCAGUAGCCCCCUUCCAUGUGAAUUGUCAGGACUGAUCAGGAGGGGCUGCGGAUGGGUUAAGAAGCUUCCUGUAAGUUGAGUGUGGUAGCUCACACUUAUAAUCCCAGCACUCAAGAGGCUGAGGUAGAGGUACUGCUGUGUGUUCAAGAUAGCCUGAGUUAUAGUGAGUUCCAGGUCAGGCUGGGCUGCAAUGUGAAACCCUGAUUCAAAUCCAUCAAAUCAAACAACAAGAAUGACAAUGGCUGCUGCCAGAAGCCAGGAGGAGGCAGUGUGAUGGAAGCCCAGCCACUGCCAGUGCUGAAAGGCCAGCACCUGGAUUCUGAGGAUGCACUGCAGUGGUGCCAUGUCUCACUGGGAAGGAGGUGGCCCCCUCUCAGUAUGGCUCAGACCUCCCAGGACAGCUGUGUGAUGAGGGCUGGACCACACUAAGUGUGCUCUGUGUGCUGUGGCAACUGCUUUAUAGCCUGACCUGUCAAAGGCCCAUCCCAGGGUGAGAUGCUGGGAAUCCCAAGCCUCCCAUCUCCCAUUCCAAGGCCAAACACUUAUGCUGCAUCUCAGAUUUGGAGACUGGGCAGAGACAACCUGAACUGUGCCGCUUCUGUCCCAGAGUCAGGUGGCCUGGAGCCUCAUCAUGGGGCUGCCCACAGUACAGCCAGCCAAGUCUUCCCAAGGACUAAGCUCUGACUUCAUCACUCCCUAUAUUCACAGCCUUCACUGGCCCCCUAGUGCUGAAUAUACCCAUUCCACAAUAUGAAGUGAGCUCUGGGAACUGGCUGCAAUUUAUCUUCGUAGCCUCAUCCUGACCAAAGACUUCAGGCAACUGAACGAUCAAUCAUCCCUGACUGUGGCUUAUGCUUUACUGGUACCCACUUGGUAAAACUUGCUGUCUUCCCAUGGAAAUGCCUUCCUGCCUGGAGCUCAUUUGUCUGGGGGAGGCUUUCAGCAUGCAGAGUCUUAUCUCUCUUCUUCCUACAAGCCCAGGGGCUGCAGAGAGCUGGAUCUUGUCCCAGCUUCAUUGCAUCCCCAAUCCCCAAAGCACCAAUAAUCUGAUGGGUACCUGCU